AUGUCCGUUCUGUUUACCAGCAUCUCGGACAACAAUCCAGUCAAGCCGGGGGAUGCGGAGGACCUCAUCGCCCCUUUAGGGCUAACGAUCGAUCCCUCCGAGUCCGACGAUUUUCACACUCUUCUCGCUGCCCUUCAUGACUGCGCCGAGGGAGUGGCCUCUCUUCCAGAUUACCAGCCCACAUCUGAUCAAGCCAGAUAUCCUCGUGAGAACAUUCGUCGCCCAAGUCAAAAAGAGCAAGUCUAUGGCCAAGCAUGGGCCCACAGAUUCUUGAUCCGAGGAAACCCCCAAGGCGGUGCUCUGGCGGGCAAGUCUUUUAGUCUUAAAGAUGUGAUCGCAGUGGCGGGCGUUCCUCAAUUAAUGGGUAGUGAUAUCAUUCCAUCAUGGACACCCACGUCAGAUGCGACGGUGGUGACGCGCAUUCUGCACGCUGGGGCUGAUAUCCAGGGAACAUCGACGUGUGAGAAUUACUGUCACUCGACUUCGUCUUUUACAAGUGCACAAGGCACGGUUGAAAACCCUCAUGCUCCUGGUUAUUCCGCAGGAGGGAGCACCUCGGGGGGUGCGGCCCUUGUUGCCGGGGAUGUGGUCGAUCUCACUAUUGGAGGUGAUCAGGGUGGCAGUAUCCGUGUGCCAGCGUCAUUUUGCGGCUGUGUCGGGCUUAAGCCUACACAUGGACGUGUUCCAUUCACCGGUAUCAGCAGUGGCGAUGCUAUCAACGAUCACGCUGGACCCUUGGCGAGAACUGUUCUCGAUGCUGCCAUUUGCCUCGAUGUCAUCGGUGGCUACGAUGGCAUUGACGACCGGUCUCUCGGCAGCCCUGCGCCGGGAUCGACGACUUUUGCCGCAAAUUUGCGACAAAGCUCCCAGAAUCUAGAAGGAGUUCGAGUCGGUAUAUUAAAAGAAGGAUUUGAUCAUAGCUUUGUCAGCCCCAGUGUCAGACACUCAGUCUUGACGGCCGCCAAAAAGUUUCAAGAGUUCGGUGCCUCUAUUGAGGAGGUAUCUCUACCAGAUCACCUAAACGGACCCGCGAUCUGGACCAUCCAGCAACGAAUGGCUGGAGCUCAAACCCUCCUGGGCCUCAAUACCGGGCGCAGGGGCUUAGGUAUGACAGAGAUGGAAUCUGCACGGUUGCCGUGGUCCGAUGACCGUUUCCAGCGUGCUUUCCCUUCAACAAAAAACGUUUUGAUCAAUGGGCUGUACCUGAUGCGCAACUUUCCUGGACUUUAUGGCAAGGCUAUCAAUGUCGGACGACAGAUCAGUGACAAGUUCGAGGCGCUAUUCAGAGAAUUCGAUGUGCUCGUCAUGCCGACAACUCCAAUUGUGGCUCCCAAGAAUGGCGCCCGGGGUCUUCCUCUAGAUUCAUUGAAGCCAAGCAUGGGUUUGACGAUCAACACAGCCAUUUUCAAUGUAACCGGUCAUCCGGCCAUAUCCAUACCCAUUGGAUAUGCUCCGGCUUUAGAGGAUGUCGAGACCAUGCUUCCAGUUGGCAUGCAAUUAGUUGGAGGGCUGUGGAAAGAGGAGAAGAUUCUUCGGCUGGCACACAUUUGGGAGACCAAACAUGAUUGGAAGAAGAUGCAAUUUUCAACGCACACGAAUUAG